AUGAGACUGUUCUCGCGACGGAUACUCACAGCCCUGCAAUCCCCUAAUUCGAGUUUCCUACAGCAGCCAGGCCGCCGCGGUUCCCCGAGGAGGGCCAACUUGGACAGCCGCGCCGCCGCAAGGUCGAACGAGGCUAGAGAGGAUGAGCGAACAGAAUGGCGCCGCGCCGGUAGCAGCCGCGCCGGCGAUGGCAACGGUUACGGAUAUGACGAUGACGCCAGCGACGACCGCGCAAAACGGAUUCGCCGCGCCGGCCAACGGGCCCCGACCCGGCCUCAACGCCAACGGCAAACGAACAUGACCGAAGGCUCGACCGAGGAGGUGCUCAUGGCCGACGUGCAAGCCCUGCUCAAGUCGCUUCGAGUGCGCGACGACGACGACAACGAAGACGCCAACGCCGAUGCCGACGCCGACGUCUACCGCCACCUGCUCGACGAGGGUCACUCCAUCGCCGACUACAUCUCCGUCGUGCGCCCCGGCGCCCUCCGCGACGACACCCGCAUCCGCUGCCGCUACUUUUCCCAGUGCUCCGGCUGCCAGUUCCAGAUGCUCGACUACCCCGACCAGCUGCGCCACAAGCGCACCAUUGUCGAAAAGGCCUUUCGCAACUUCUCCCACCUGCCCUCGGAGCUCGUCCCCGCCGUCGCCGACACCAUCGGCAGCCCCUCCAGUACGGCUACCGCACCAAGCUCACCCCCACUUCGACGGCCCGCCCGGCUACCGCCCCUCCAAGAAGAGCGCCCCCAAGGUCUUCUUCGAGUCCCGCCCGGACAUCGGCUUCAUGCAAAGGGCAAGCGCAAGGUCAUCGACAUCGAGGACUGCCCCAUCGGCACCGACGCCGUGCGCAAGGGCAUGGUCCGCGAACGCGCCCGUAUGGCCGCCGACUUCGCCGACUACUCCCGCGGCGCCACCAUACUCCUCCGCGAAAGCACCCACCGCUACCCCAAGGAUAGCCCCGACACCCCCGACGCCGUCCCCGACGACGCCGUCCGGGUCGACGCCGGCGCCCACGUCGACGUCAAGACCUGCGUCACCGACAACAACGCCACCACCACCGAGUUCAUCGACGACCACCGCAUCCUCCCUCACAACCCCGCCACACCCAUCAAGUACCUCAUCGACGCCUACUCCGGCUCCGGUCUCUUCACCAUCUCCCUCGCCUCCCUCUUCACCGGCAGCAUCGGCAUCGACAUCGCCGACAAGUCCAUCGACUUUGCCCGCAAAAAUGCCGCCCUCAACGGCAUGGAGCCCGACUCCUGCAGCUUCAUCGCCGCCGACGCCGGCCAGCUCUUCAAGAGCGUCGUCUACCCGGCCGACGAGACUGUCGUUGUUCUCGAUCCUCCCCGCAAGGGCUGUGACGCCGACUUCUUGGGCCAGUUGCUGCGGUUUGGCCCCAAGAGGGUUGUCUACGUCAGCUGCAAUGUUCACACCCAGGCUAGAGAUGUUGGUGCCCUGACCGGCCACGUCGAGGGCGUGGCGGUCCUUAAUAGGGUUGAAAAGGAAAGCACCGCGUCAGUUGACCAAGUGCUCCAAUAA